GUCUUUGGGCGGAGAUCUGCCCACCCACCCCGCUGCUUCUUCGUGCUAUAUGAGGAGACAACUUUAUCAAGAUCGUUCAAUAACGUAGGCUGUUGUCUUGUGUUUUAAAGUGUCUCGUGUUCAUCCGAUUGGAGCUCGCAGUUAUCUCAGGCGCUUUUGGAUCAGAGCGUAGGCUACUCGGUCUUGGAAAUAAGCGUCUUUUUGUUGUUUUCAAUUAGCAGCAGAAACUUGAACUCAUCAUGCCGAGAUCAUUUCUUGUCAAGAAGUAUUUUUCCAACAAGAAACCUUAUUACAGGGAGAGUCAGCUUGAGAGUCAAACUGCUUUUGUCCCUGAAAGCUUUCCACGGGCUGAACUUCCAACACAAAACAACAGCUCUGCACUGACUUGCCACCCCACCGCCCCAUUCUUCACCAAUGUUGACACCCUGCCUGCACCACUUUCCCCAGUCACCCCAGGGUCUCUGCCACCUUCACCACUGGGCCCUCUGGACCUCAGCAGCUCUCCCUCAAGCAGCAGCGGUGAGGAAGAGGAGGAUGGAGGGCGUACCUCAGAUCCCCCAAGCCCGGAUGCAAUCCAGCACAUCUACCAUUGUCUGCACUGCAGUAAGCGCUACACAAACCUCUCAGCUCUCUCCCACCAUCAGCUGUCCCACCACCAGAUUACCCCUCAUGUACCAGUGCAGCAGACACCCUCCCUGCCCACGGAGGUCUCUGCUCGUCCAGCGUUUCACUGUAAACACUGCCCCAAGGAGUACACCAGUUUGGGAGCCCUCAAGAUGCAUAUUCGCUCACACACUUUGCCAUGUGUGUGCCCCACCUGCGGCAAGGCUUUCUCCAGACCGUGGCUCCUCAGAGGACACAUUCGCACACACACAGGUGAACGCCCCUUUGCUUGUCAACACUGUAACCGGGCCUUUGCUGAUCGCUCCAACCUGCGAGCCCACCUGCAGACUCACUCAGAGGUGAAGAAGUACCAGUGUGGCUCAUGCUCACGGACCUUCAGUCGCAUGUCCCUGCUUCACAAACAUGCUGCCUCAGCAUGCUGUCCUGCUUCAUAGACUCACAUUCCCUGGACUCCUGCUUGUGGUCUAGUUGAAGCUGCUUGUUUCUUCUAUCACCUAUGAUAAGAGAUGACACACACAAAGGACUUUUGGGAGAGGAUGACACCAAAUUUGCAGAAUGCAGCUCUGCCUUAAUUCUUAAUUCAAUUUGUUAAAAAAUUAUGGUCACAUUGGUAUUUUCAGCUACUUCCUCUAAACUGCAUGUGUGUGAUUUGAUGGCAGCUGGACAUGCAGCUAAUUCCCAGGAAACUCCCAUCGGUGCCGGCCGGUCCGGGACUCUGGCCAUUUUGCAGCUGCUUGGGUGUGUAUGUGGGGAUGUCAUUCCUCGCUAUACUAUACAUACAUGAUGUGUGGGUGUUGAGACAGCUGUCUGUGCAUGGUGCACCGUGGAGGCAGGGCGCUGAGAGAUGUGUUAGCUGUGACCUCGACAACAGGUGACACACACAGCCCUGCUGUGGUUGCUCGUCCUCAUGCCACAGACACUCGUGUGUUCUAGGACAUGAAACGUCCACUUGAGCUUGACCAAAGAACACAUAUUAUUGCCUUCACUGACAUUUGUAUUUUUAGUCUAAACUGCAUUUAGACAUGUUUUUGUAAAAGUUGCAUCUGCUGUUUUUAUGAAACAUUUUGUUUAACAUGCUUUCUAAUUGAUGUACUGUAUUC